AUUUCAGAAUGAGGGCAAAGUCAACGCUCCUUAUCGUAGCGACAUCAUUCCUCUUGAUUGUGAUGACACAAUCUGUGGAAUCAGUACCAGGAUUGAAAUGGAAUAUGGGAUCAGUAUCAGUAUGGAAUCAGUAUCAGGAUUCAAAUGGAAACUGGAUCGUUCCAUAUCAGCUCGAUUCUUCUUACAAAUCUAGACAACGCCAUGCAAUCAUGCUUCGCAAACGGAAUCGGAAGAGAUGCAGGAGAGAACAUUGUAGUUCUUGAGGCAAACGAGGAUACAACAAGCUUCUACUGCGAGGGUGGCAGCGUGAUAUUGAUAAUUCUGAAGCGUCUAGGACUUUUUGGUGAACAUAACCGAGUAGACAGGGAUAAAUACAUAAAAGUGCACUUGGAAAACUUAGAAGAUCCAGAAAUGAACAACGAUUACAGGAUAGAAACCUUUACAAAUAGGUAUAUCAGCGUUCCUUACGACUACUACUCCAUCACCCAUUACGCUAAAAAUGCUAACGCAAAAGAGGGCACGAUUGUCAUUGAAACACUUGAUCCUGCAUUCCAGAAUAUUAUCGGACAAAAUACUGACCAGCCAACCGCGCGCGAUUAUGAGAAGAUCAAGGUGCUUUACCAAUGCAUACAACCCUAAAAGGAUUGCCACAGUGAACUGCAAAUC